AUGAAGCAAAAUGAAUUUCCUCCACUACCAUCGCUUACGUCUCGUAUUACUCCAUGGAAACUAGUUUCAGCACAACCAUCAGUAACAACUAAUAUGAAUGGAAGUGAAGAUACAACAAAAAUGUUGUUCUCGAUAAAUCAAAACAUUCUAAAUAUGAAGGAUAAUACUCAUCGUAUGGAUGAAAAAUUAGAACGUAUCAAUGACAAGAUUGAGCAAACAGCUCUCGAUACGAAACUGCAUCAUGAAACAGUGAUAAAAUUAAUGCCUACACUCAUAUCGAUAGUUGGUGAUUUUAUUUGGCCGGUGAUGAAUCACAAUGUUGCCGGAUUAAGAAAAAAACAAUCGCAAUUACAAAAAAUCUUCAAUGAUUUGGAAGUACUACUAUCUCAUCUAAAAUCGGAUUAUACAGCCCGACAAAAACGCAGUACAUCUCCACCACCACGACUCGCUCCAUCUCAACAAUCGUCAAAAGCGUCUAACAAUACUCCGAACAAUGAAUCUGAUCAGUUUUGA